AUGAUAGAGGAGGACCCCAAGGAGGAGGACCCGAUAAAGGAGGACCCCCAGGAGGUGGACCCGAUAGAGGAGGAACCCAAGGAGGAUGACCCAGAGGAGGACCCGGAGGACCCUAUGGAUGAAGAAGAGCCCAUGGAGUGGGAAUUUGAGGUGGCACCAGAGCCUCUACUCGGUGAGAUCCUAGAAGGAGUUCCACUUGGUUGGGAGCUUGACCUAGAUGAGGAGGAUUGUGCAUGGGAGGAUGAGCUAAUGGUGGAGGAUCCUAUAGAGGACGAUGAGCAGGACGAGAUCAGCCUCGACGGUAGUGAACCACAACCGACCGAGGACUCUGAUACAGAAUUUACUUUUAGCAGCCCUUCCACCUCUUCCUAG